CGCAAUGUUUGGGCCGAGAAACUAGUAGGUAAAUGGUGUAGUGCUACUUGCUAGCUGUUAGUUAUAGUUACACGGCAUAGUUUUUUGUAAGGCAAGAAAGAAGCUAGUUAGCUAGUAAGACAGAUAGGUAAUAUUAAUUAGCAAGUUGAUUUUCGGUACAUUUUAUACAAGUAAAUGAGGCGAGGUUUAGAUAGCCAGCUAGCUAGUUAGCUAGCUAGCUAAUGUUUAGUAGCUUUGGAAAAGGUCGAGAGAUUCUAGAAUCUUCUUGAGGUUUCUAUACAGUGUAAGUUAACGUUAUGCCUCGGAGAAAGCGAACCACAGGUCACAAUGAAAGGAAAAGUAAAGUUCGUCGAAGAGAACAUAUUAAAGAUGAGAAUGAGGAAGAGGAGGAUGAAGAAGAAGAGGAGGAGGAUAACACUCUGGUCAUCUCCGACUCGGAUAGUGAUGAACAGCAUCAGGAAGGAGACAGUUCAGUGAAAGUGACUCCCAGAGCUGCAAGGCGCCGGGAAAGAGAAAAGAAAACACACAUGCAAGACAUGACUGAGGAUGAGAUGUUGGAUCUGGCUUUGAGGCUGAGUAAACAGGAGGCGAAGAGUGCAACCCAGAGAGAACAGGUGGAAGAUGACGACAUGAGAAAAGCCAUCGCAGAAAGUCUUCAGGUCAGCUGUGGUCAAGCUUCAGAAACAAGCUCCAAGAGAGCCAGGUCUGCAGCAAAACCUCACCAAGGCCGAGACACUGUGACCUCAAACGUUCGGUGUAAGCUGUCCUUUCCUGGCAAAGAUGGCAAGGACAGCAAAGACAGCGGGAGCAUUGACGAUGAAGUCCCGUUCUCACGAAUGAACACUUCGGAACGAUUUGAGGACAUCAGUCCACUACCGCAGAUGCCUGAUCUAUCUCAGAAGACCUUGUCGCAACCUUCGCCUCCAAGUCCGGCUCACCCAUCUGUGCCUUCUGCAGCUUCUCAAGAAUCCCAAUCCUCAUCUCCGGCUAAACGGGAAUUUUUAGAGCGCUCGCCUGAGGACGAGCCUUCACAGAGCGAAUCUCAGCUCCAGAAGUCACCCGUCUUCCUCCGUGAGUGCAGCGUGAGACUGAUCCAGAACCUCCCGAGCACAACCGGAUCCUCAAGGAACAUCGCGUCUACAAACGACAGCUCUCUCAGCGUACCCAGUCCCGACCGCUCCCAAAACAGCCCACUUCCACCUAAAAGCCCUGUAUUUCCUAAAUCUGACUUUAAAAGAUGCACAAAUUUCACACAGGAUGAUCUUAGCAAUUGCACUCCGGACAGCAGCGUUUGCAAACCUGACGACGCGUUUCAAGAACCUCCAAGCCAUAAAAGCCGGAAAGAUUCCCAGGAACGCCUUCCAGACAUCCGGGAAGCUCAGACAUCCUCACGCGUUUCAGUGACCAAAGCCGACAAACAGGACGCUGUCAUGCUGCAGCAGGUGAAGGAUGAAUCCUCUCGGGAAACCGGCGUAAGCACCGUGUCAGUUGCAGUCAGAGCACAAAACUUGGAUGUGUCUUUGCCUGGAGAUGCCAAAUCUUUGGACGAGUUCACCAGUCACAUGGUACUUCAUUUGUCUGAUGAUGACGAUGAUGAUGAUGAUGAAGACGAUGAUAAGAUUAUCCCUCCGAGCCCAGUCUUUCCUCAGGGCCGUGGUUCAUGUGCAGGAAAGCCAAAGCUCUCACCAACGCAACCCUGCUCAUCCACACCUCCUGAAGAAACCACACAAGACUCGCUUCUGACCAAAUCUCCUCACCGAGCCGUAUCCGAGUCUGUGCAGUCAAAUGUUGCUAUAAAGUCUCCUGAAUGUAGACUCGCACCGCUGGCAAAGGGGAACGAGAACGCUCCUGUAUCGUACUACUGGGGCAUUCCUUUUUGCCCCAAGGGCCUACGUCCGGAUGAUUACACACGAGUCAUCCUCACCCAGCUGGAGGUGUAUGAGAAGAGCCUGAAAGAGGCUCGGAGACAGCUGCUACGCAAAGCCGACUGGGGUCUUCCAAUGAUUCCAUGCCCGGUGGAGAGACCCCAUGGCAGGAGACUGAAGCGCCACCGAGCCCCUCAGCUUCUGGAGGAGGAAGAGGACGAGGAAGACGAGGCACAAGACAAGGAAGAGAAAAAGAUGAAAGAGAAAAGGAAGGAGCAGGAGGAGCCUCAGCACUGUUCAGAAGAAGCGGAGAACGGACAGCAGGAAACGUACGUCGUCGUGUCCUCUCCCGAGACACAGGAAGAGCUUGGGAAAUCACCAUUGCUGUUUAGACAACAGGAGGCUACAACUUCAGCUAAACCUUCCAGUUGUCGAAAGCUGCUUACUCAGGACCUUUCUCAAGACACUCAGAUUCAAUCUCAACCCGAAGAGCAUGAGGAAGACAAUCAGAACGGAUGUUUUGAAGUGGAGAGCGCUGUGUGCCCAGAAACCCAGAUGACUGAAGACAACACACCCGAGCUGAUGGUGACCAGUCCUGGCCAGCAAACAGAGACUGAUGUCAUGGAGGUGGAUGAAGUGAGGGGUCCAGCAGCUGAAGGUGACGAGAGAAUGGACCAGGAUCGUCCGGGUGAGGAGCAGUCGUGGAGGGAAUCCGUUCCCUCUCAGGUAGAGUGUCCCAUGUGCACCCGCUUCUUCCCUCUCAGCAAGAUCGAGGUGCAUGCGGCCUACUGUAACGGCGCUGUAGAGAGCCAGGAUGUCGUCAUCGAGCAGAACGAGCAGGAAGGCCUUUCAGAAGUGAGUGCACGAAGGAGACGAGGAAAAAGAGCACAGAUGGAAGAUGAUGUAAGGUUUGAGAAAUCAGAGCAGCGGGAGAAAUGCUUCUUGUGUAGUAAAUUUUUCACAACUGAGGAGUACAGCCAUCAUGUGGACCAGUGCCUUCAACAGAAAACACACGGACCAAAGCAGGGCAAUGGCUUGCUGUCUGCCUUGAAUCGGACAGAAACGGUGCACCUAGAUGACAGUGGAGCUGGACCAUCAAAUACUACAAUCAGAAACAACCGCAGCCUUGCAGACGCACCAGUGAUGGCUAGUGACAGCACGGAUUCUCAAGCUUCAGCUUAUUACGUGAGCUCGUCUCCUAUCAAGUCCUUCACUCCCAUAUCUGAAAUCAAGGACUGCCUCGUCGACUUCCAGCGGCAGUACUCGGACCGGCCCAGCCAGAGACUGACGAGGAAGAGGAAGUUUAAGAGAUAGCAGGAAAAUAUGCUCCAAAGCAUGGCUUACUGCUUUUUCUUUUACACACCGAGGAUAAUUUGUGUAGUUUUUAUAUCAUUUCUAUGUUGUAAUUAAUAUGAUUAAAUGAUUUAGUAAUGUUAUUUAAGGUGCCUUGUUAUUUUGUAUUGUGUAAAUACUGUAUUAUGUAACGUUAUAUGAGACAAAAACAAAAAAAGAGAAUGCGUUCAGGAAACUUUUACAGUAUAACUGAUUAUAUAAAAAUGGUUAUAAAAUACUGAUGCUUGAUUAAACUUAAAUUUUCGUUUUUUGUA